AACCAUUUAUCCUUAGGACUUAAUACAAAAUCCGUUAUCAUGCGCUUGAUCUCAAAGUGGAGUCGGUGAACUCGUAUUUUAGACAUUUCUCCCGGCUAUUCUUUUCCGCAACCAGCUCAGGAUGGUUCGAGCCCAUUACUUCCCUCGGUGGCGAGUCAGAUUUUUCUGGUUUCGCAGGGGUAUAAAAUGUCCCAUCGCUCCCAGAUGGUGCUGCAUUACAGGCCCCAGUCAGAGACUAUUCCCCUUUACCUGUGAUCGGAGGGAGAGAUAGGCAGCCGAGAGGAUGAAAUGGCCGAACUGCCGGGGUCCGAACGAAAUCUGGACCUGACCCGCUCCAAUGGCCGGUUCAUCAUCAGCACCCUCAUUGGCCCCGAGGGCAGCGGCCGGAGCCCUUAUGGCCAGAGCGACAUGGCCGGCUACGACACCCAUCACACCCACAACAGCACUCUCUACCUCCAGACCUUUGGCUACAAUACCGUCGACGCCGUGCCCACCUACGAAAACUAUGCCAACACCAAGAUCUUGGGGGACAACAAGAAGCCCAGGCCUACCUUGGCCGAUCUGCACUCCUUCCUCAAGCAAGAAACCUGCCAUCGUCACUCGCCAAGGUACGAACCCCAUCGAAGCAGCAGUUUCUCUGAAGGAGGGGUGGAAGAGACGGUCAAUGAAGGGGAGGACAAGCCGGAAGGAGAACCAGUCCGUUUUGGAUGGGUCAAGGGGGUGAUGAUCCGUUGCAUGCUCAAUAUCUGGGGUGUCAUUCUGUACCUUAGGCUUCCUUGGAUCACAGCACAAGCAGGGAUAGCCCUGACUUGGGUGAUCAUCCUGAUGUCAGUGACAGUGACCACCAUCACAGGGCUGUCCAUCUCCGCCAUUUCCACCAACGGCAAAGUGAAAUCAGGUGGGACUUAUUUCCUCAUUUCAAGAAGUCUUGGGCCUGAGCUGGGCGGCUCCAUCGGCCUCAUCUUUGCUUUCGCCAACGCCGUGGCCGUGGCCAUGCACACCGUGGGCUUUGCAGAAACAGUGCGGGACUUACUGCUGGAAUACAACGCGACCAUUGUAGACCCCACAAAUGACAUACGCAUCGUUGGGGUCAUCACUGUGACGGUGCUGCUUGGCGUCUCCUUGGCGGGCAUGGAGUGGGAGGCCAAGGCCCAGGUCCUCUUCUUCAUUGUCAUCAUGAUCUCCUUCAUAAACUACCUGGUGGGCACAGUCAUUCCAGCCAGUGAAGAGAAGCAAGCAAAGGGAUUCUUCAGUUACAGAGGGGAUAUCUUUGCCCAGAAUUUUGUUCCCAACUGGAGGGGGCCCGACGGCAGCUUCUUCGGUUUGUUUUCCAUCUUCUUCCCAUCGGCCACCGGCAUCUUGGCAGGAGCCAACAUUUCUGGUGACUUGAAGGAUCCUGCUGUGGCCAUUCCUAAAGGGACCCUCAUGGCUAUUUUCUGGACGACCAUCUCCUACUUGGUCCUUUCUGCUACAAUUGGCGCUUGCGUGGUCCGUGACGCAUCUGGAAAUGUGAACGACACCCUCCCCAUUGGUUCAAUGGGUUGUGAAGGUGUGACCUGUGGCUACGGCUGGAACUUCACCGAGUGUGCGCAGAGCCACAGCUGCCGCUAUGGACUCAUCAAUUAUUACCAGACCAUGAGCAUGGUGUCUGGAUUCGCGCCACUGAUCACAGCUGGCAUCUUUGGAGCCACUUUGUCCUCUGCUUUGGCUUGCCUGGUCUCAGCACCCAAAGUGUUUCAGUGCCUUUGCAAGGACCAGCUCUAUCCUGUCAUUGGCUUUUUCGGGAAGGGAUACGGCAAAAAUGACGAACCUAUCCGGGGUUACGUCCUGACAUACUUCAUUGCAGUUGGCUUCAUUCUCAUUGCGGAGCUGAAUGCCAUUGCUCCCAUCAUCUCCAACUUUUUCUUGUGCUCCUAUGCUCUCAUCAACUUCAGCUGCUUCCAUGCCUCCAUUACCAACUCUCCAGGCUGGAGGCCCUCGUUUCGGUAUUACAGCAAAUGGGCAGCUCUCUUUGGCGCGGUUAUCUCCGUCAUCAUCAUGUUCCUGCUGACCUGGUGGGCCGCCCUCAUUGCCAUCGGGAUUGUGGUUUUCUUGCUGGGAUACGUUCUCUACAAAAAGCCUGUGGUGAACUGGGGUUCGUCGGUGCAAGCUGGAUCCUACAACAUGGCCCUGAACUAUUCGGUUGGACUCAAUGAGGUGGAUGACCACAUUAAGAAUUACAGGCCUCAAUGCCUGGUCCUCAGUGGUCCUCCCAAUUUCCGUCCGGCGCUGGUGGAUUUCGUGGGCGCCUUCACCAAAAACCUGAGCCUGAUGAUCUGCGGGAAUGUGUUGGUUGGACCCUGCAAACAGGUCCUACCCAAGCUCCGUCUUGCGUCCAGAGGCCAUGUCAAGUGGCUGACCAAGCGGAAGGUCAAAGCUUUCUAUACAGAGGUUUUGGCGGAGGACUUGAGGACCGGGGUGCAGAUCCUUAUGCAGGCCUCCGGUCUCGGGAGAAUGAAACCCAAUGUCCUUGUGAUCGGAUACAAGAAGAACUGGCAGGCAGCUCAUCCCCAGACGGUGGAAGAAUACAUUGGGAUCCUCCAUGAUGCUUUUGACUUCAGGUUUGGGGUCUGCAUGGUGCGCAUGAAGGAGGGCCUCAACAUGUCCAGGCUCAUGCAAGCGCACAUUAAUCCCGUUUUUGAGCCAGCGGAAGAUCCCCAGAAGAAUGGCAGCACUCCUUCCGUAGCAGGAACAUUGGAUCCUGAUGCUUUGGUCGCAGAACAACAGGCAAGCACUAUCUUCCAGGUGGCACAAGGCAAGAAGACAAUAGAUAUUUACUGGCUCUUCGAUGAUGGAGGUCUGACCCUGCUCAUCCCGUACCUUCUUAGCCGGAAGAAGCGGUGGGGCAGAUGCAAGAUCCGAGUGUUUGUUGGCGGACAGAUCGACCGAAUGGAUGAGGAACGGAAAGCGAUCAUCUCUUUGUUGAGCAAAUUCCGACUUGGGUUCCACGAAGUCCACAUCCUCCCAGACAUCAACCAGAAACCCCGACCUGAACACGUGAAGAGGUUUGAUGAUUUAAUCGCCCCGUUCAGACUCAACGAUGGCUUCCAAGACGAGGCGGCGGUGAACGAGAUGAGACACGGCUGCCCCUGGAAGAUUUCGGAUGAGGAGCUGGCGAAAAACAAAGCUAAGUCACUUCGGCAAGUUAGGAUGAACGAAAUCUUGCUGGACUACUCAAGGGACGCGGCUCUGGUCUUUAUAACGCUUCCGAUCGGCCGAAAAGGGCAAUGUCCCAGUAGCCUCUAUAUGGCUUGGCUGGAAACCCUUUCCCAGGACCUGAGGCCUCCGGUCAUCCUGGUCAGAGGCAACCAAGAAAACGUCUUGACCUUUUAUUGCCAAUAAAACCUUUGGACAAUUGAGCCUUGGAGUCGGAGGAAGGAGAUCUUGAUCUUCAUCUUUGGGUUCAAGACAUCCGGCGGUUCUGUUUAAGAUGCUGGAAACGGGCAAUAAAAGACUGUUGUUGUUGUU